AUGAUCUCAAAUUGGAAAAUGAUUCAACUCCAUAAAAUUUAAAAUAUGGUUUAGAAAUUCUACAAAAGGUGUAAUUGGGCAUUAAGUUAGUCAUCGAACCUUUGGCUUCAAUUACAAGCGUAAGAUUAGAAUGUGCAACUAAAUUACAACUAGAAGCUUGAUAAACAUUUUAUUGAAAUAAACUUGAAAAAACAUGGUGUAUAUUAUAAUGGGCAUGUUAAAUUCUAUUAGAAUGUUUGGAAAAUUUAUUUAAUAUAAUCAUAGAGAUGUAGAUAUGUACAAAGAUCGUGUUGCAAAUUAUCAAUUGUAGUGUUGGAAGGAACUUCUAAUAAGUUAUUGGAAGGCUUUAAAGGCAGAUGGUAUCUAACAGAUGUCAAAAAUUUCUUUGGAAUAUGGAGUUGGGGACCUCUGCCAUUAGAUUAAAUAUUGUGA